AUGUACACUGAUCCAUUGAAUUAUUUGGACAAUUUAAAAAGUUCUGUUUCUAAUGAAAAUCAAAAAAAAGAAUUAUAUAAACUUUUUAAAGCACUCAAAUGUCGUGUAGAGGAUUUUGAAAGAAUAUACAAACUGAAACAUCCUAAUUGUUUAUGUUCUGUUUGGUUUCUGUUAACUGAUUUAAACUUAUCAAAUCUUCAGUUGAAACUGAUGCCAGAUGCAAAUGUCUUCUCGAAUCUUCCAAAUCUUCGACGUUUAUGGUUAUACAAUAAUCGAAUUGAAGAUUUAAACAAUUGUUUAACAAAAUGUGAAAGCCUUUUAGAGUUGAGACUAGGCUCAAAUCAAUUGCAUAAUAUUUGUGGACAGUUAUAUAACCUGCAUUGCCUUGAAAUAUUGGAUUUAUCUAAGAAUCAUUUAAGCAGUUUACAGGCAAGUUUACAGUCUACAUUUUGGAAAUACUACACUUUCAGCAAUAACAAGAAAAUUGACGGAAUAGAAUACCUUAGAUAG